GCUAUCUAGCUAGUCGACUAGUUGAUUUGUCUAGCAUAUCAUCGCAAUGUCUCAAACACAUCCCGACGAGGCCACAAUUAUAAAACAAAUUCGUGAGACUCAUAAACCAGAUGGCCGCAACAUUAAUGUUGGAAGUACUUUUGAUGUUGUUCACAACAUUCUCAGCAGCCAGACGGCUACAGGGAAAACCAUGGAAGAACAACUUCAUCAACCGGAUCAUGAUACAAUGGAAAUUCUGUUCAAAAUAAAAGAACUUUCCUACCAGGUUAUGACAUCCAAGUGGUCAAGAGAUGGGGAUGUUCAUGGGAUGACAAUUAAUCUGUUGAACAUGUUGUCACCUUAUGAAUGGGAAGCCAAAGCAGUGAUGAUCCUAGCAGCGUUUGCCAACAACCAUGGAGACCAAUGCAUUCUAAGCAAAGUGUCAAACAGGAAUGGGUUAGCCAAAAGAGUGUGGCUUCUCAAGCAAAUUAGUGGCACAAAAACAACCUCGGAGAGUGAUGUGGAAUCAUCAAUCAAGUCUUUCUUGAAACUCACAAAGAUUAUGUUGGAGCUCAAAGAAUGUCCACCACAAUUCAUUCCACAAUACCUUCACUCUGAUCUCCAACCAAAGGCUAUUGCCCACAUCACUCAAGCUGUUCUUGUUUGGGCAUCGCAGCUCAACACCUCUGGUUCCAAAACUCCAGCUGAACCGUUGAAGCUACUGAAGGAGCUUCAAGAUACACUCAAUGACUGCCAUAAGAAAAUAGAGGAGAAGGAGAUACAAGAAUCUUAUGAAGCAUUAAAACUUGCUUUUUCUGGGACGGACCACUCCGACAACAAACACGUUUUAAAGUUGAUGUUUAACGUCAAGGAUGAACAGAAGAUCAUGCCACUUAAAAAUGGUGAAACUAAAGCGGAGGUGAAGGUAGAUGACUUACAGACAGAUAAUAAUGUGCUGCUGUUAAUAUCAUCAGGAUUAGAUAUCUCAAAGGAGAGGGCAGCAUAUCUUGGGAAGGUUUACAAAGACUACCAUCCGCAGGGUCAUGAAAUGAUCUGGAUUCCUGUUGUGAAUGCUCCAAACAAGUUCUGGACUGCUGAGAAGAUGAAUGAGUUUGAAAGCUUACGUGCCCUGAUGGGUUUCUACGCAGUGAAUGAUCCAAGACAAUCAGUGGGACCAGGAGUGUAUAAAUAUGUUGAGGAGGAUUUGUUCCAAGCUGGAGAGAAGGAUCUCUUCAGAAUUUGUAAGGAGCCAAUUGUUGUGGUCCUGGAUUAUAAGGGGAAUUUUGUGCAUAAAAAUGCAAUGGGCAUGAUAUUGGCAUGGGGAGCUGACGCUUCCCCUUUUGACACAUACAAAGAAGAAUGUCUUUGGAGGGUGGAGACUUGGGGAACUGCACUUGUGGCCGGUACCAUCGACCCGAUUCGCCAAUGGAUUAAUGCAAGCACUACACAAGGAGUGGGGAAGAAUUUCAUUUUCUUGUAUGGAGGGAACAACAUUGAAUGGGCUCGGGAAUUCAAUGCCAAGGUAAAAUCAUCACUUUCAUCGGACAUUGAACCAAAGAUGAUAUAUGUUGGAAAAAACAAGGAGGUAAGAUCAAAACUCGGCCCAAGCGAAAGCUUGGAUGGCCCCUCCACGUGGCUCUUUUGGGCUCGCUUAAAAAGCAUGUUAUUGUCAAGGAUAUACUAUCUAAAAAAGACGAGUUCUAAAGAUGCAAACGAUGAAAUUGUGAAAGGACUCAAAUCUUUACUUGCUCAUGAAGCUCCCGCUGAAAUUGGAGGGUGGUCCUUGUUAUGCACAAAGGACAAGGUGGUCCGAUGUGGUGACGGAGAAAAAAUGUUGAAAGUCAUGACUGAUUACGAAACAUGGAAAGGAAAUGUGAAGGAUAAAGAUUUUCACGAGGCAUUUGACGAGUACUAUAGAAACUUUUCUUUUACUCCGCAACACCAACAUUGUUGUGGACUCGAAUAUCCUUAUGAACUUGAAAGCACUAUAAUUCCUUUUAUAAGCAUCAUCCCAGAGAAGGAGAAAUGUCCCGAUUGUAGUACGGAUAUGUACAAACUCAUAACUUUCUUAUGCUGCCAUCAGCAUGAUGACUAUGAUGUGGAAGAAGAAAGAGAGGAUGAUGCAAUCAGUAAAUAGAAACAUUGUGUUUGAACACAUCAUAUCCAUAAAAGGCAUGUCAUGUGUGCUUAGCUUUCUAGCUAAUUAAUUGUUUUUGGCAGCACAAAUACUAAAUUUCUAUUUUGUGUGUUUUUGUAUAGCUGAAAAUUCAACUAAUUAAUAAGCAUCUUGUAUAAGUUUUAAUUUGAA